UGUCAUGAAUACUGACUGAAAGUGACAAGGAGGGCAAUAGAGGGCAUAGUGUUCAUAGACAAAAACAUGCAUCACAGAGUGUGGUUCAGAGAGGAGUCAGGCAGAUAUGAAAUCACCUUGUUUGAGGGAGGUUGAGCAGGUAUUUCAAGGUUGUUGCCUAAACCCUCCCUUCAGAAUUGUUGAAUCCCCACAGCAGAAGGUUGUUUCCAUGCCAAGAAACAUAUUUGCAGUUUGCCAUCCCAACUUUGCUGACACGACUGCCUCUUCUUUCUUUCCUAAUACUCUCUUCACCAACCAUGAGUCUCUUCCAUCUUUACAAGAAUCAUUUGUUCAAUUCAUCAAAGCCUACCCUCAAUAUUCUGAGACUUGUCAGAUUGACAAAAUUCGAGCUCAAGAAUACCAUAACCUAUCUCAUGUCUGCCUAGAUUACAAUGGUAUUGGUCUAUUUUCUGACUCCCAGCUUCAGUCUCAGCUUGCAUCUUCUUCUUCUCCAUCACCCCAAUCUUCUAAUUUUCCAGUCUUUGAUGUAUCCUUCAAGGCUGUGAAUCUAAAGUCACAGCUGCUGCAUGGUGGUCAAGGAUCAGAUUUGGAAUCUGUUAUCAAGCAGAGGAUCAUGGAUUACCUCAAAAUCUCCCAAAAUGAGUAUUGUAUGGUCUUUACUGCCAACAGAUCUUCAGCUUUCAAACUUCUAGCAGAAUCUUACCCUUUUGGAUCAAGUCGAAAGCUUUUGACAGUUUAUGACCAUGAAAGUGAGGCACUAGGAACCAUGGUUGAUACAUCAGAGAAGAGAGGUGCUUGUAUCGCAUCAGCUGAAUUCAAAUGGCCACGGUUAAGAGUUAACUCUGCAAGGUUAAGGAAAAUGAUAGUGAGGAAGAAAAAUGAGAAGAACUCCAGGGGAUUAUUUGUGUUUCCUCUUCAGUCAAGAGUAACAGGAGCACGUUACUCGUACCAGUGGAUGAGUUUGGCUCAGGAAAACGGUUGGCACGUAUUGCUUGAUGCUUGUGCACUAGGACCAAAGGACAUGGACAGCCUUGGCCUCUCUCUUUGUCAUCCUGACUUCCUUGUUUGUUCUUUCUACAAGGUUUUGGGGAGCAAUCCAACAGGUUUUGGCUGCCUCAUAGUUAAGAAGUCAGUUGUAUCAAUUUUGGAAGCUUCCACAAGUACUGGCAUUGUAACUCUUGUUCCACCAACACAGUUACUUCGUUCGCUAGAAGAUUCUUCAGGUACAGACAAAGAACUUGAACAGAUGUACAAUAUUUGGAUAAGAGCAGAUGAUAAAAAUGCAUCAAAUUCUUCUACAUGCUCCAUUUCUGCUCAGCACAGUAGUGGAAAAUCUACAGAAGGCAAUAUUUCAAGAAUGAAAGGAAAAGAAUUUGCUUCAACAUUUACUGAUCCAGAACAUUCAGGAAAAGAGAAACCAGAGGAAUCUAUUGCUUCACUCCACCAGAUUCUUGAACUGGAAGGCCAUGGAGACUGUGCAUGUGAAUGUAGGUACUUAGAUCAAGUGGAUUCACUAGGGAUGAGGAUAGUCAAUAACAGACAAAGAUACCUAAUUAAUUGGCUGAUUACUGCAGUCAUGAAGCUCCAGCAUCCAAAUAGAUUGGAGUGUUUACCACUGGUUAAAAUCUAUGGACCAAGAAUAAAAUUUGACAGGGGAGCUGCAUUGGCCUUUAAUUUGUAUGACUGGAAAGGGAAGAAGGUAGACCCCACCCUUGUACAAAAGCUAGCUGAUCGAAAUAACAUCUCUCUCAGCCACGGAUUUCUACAUCAGAUUUGGUUCCCAGACAAGUAUGAUCAAGAGAUGGAAAGUGUUUUAGAGAAAAGGGAAAGUCAAGAAAAGGAAGAAGGGAGGAAGAGAAGCAAAAAAGCUGAGCUGGGAAUUGCAGUGGUUACAAUUGCACUUAACUUCUUGACCAACUUUGAAGACAUCUACCGGCUUUGGGCAUUUAUAGCUCAGUUUCUGGAUGCAGACUUUGUGGAGAAAGAGAGUUGGAGGUACACAGCUUUGAAUCAGAAGACAAUGGAAGUGUAACUGAUCUCUUUCCUUUUCCCCCUUCUUUCCCUCUGAUCAGAAGCCCUCAAGGAGGCUGUGUGAUUUGUAUCAAAUGCAUAGUUUGUAUCAUGAUGUCCCUUUUUCUCAUAUCCAAACUUCAUUCAAAAGAUUGAGUCU